CCUCUUUCUCUCCUUUUUAUCUUCUCUCUUUCUAUCUUCAUAUUUUACUUCUUUUUUUCCUUCAACUUUCUUCUUCUCUUCACCUUUUUUUAAACUUUUAUCUGCACCGCCCGCAUUUUGCCUUUUUUUUUAGUCUCUACUGUUAAUUACUAUGCCAUCGGCUGAAAACCAACAGCAGCUCGAUAUUGCUGCCGAGCGCAAAAAAUGUACAUUUGACCCCGCCUUGCUCACUCCACUUUUUUAUGGUGGUGAGGAAAAAAUGAGACGGCUCAAGAAGAUUGAAGCCAUGGUCGACAAUGAUCCUGUCUUUGAUCGCUCCGAUCGAUACUUCCUCGGAAGAACAGAGCGUUUCAAACGAGCGCUGCCAAUGGUGAAGCGAUAUGUCGAGCUACGUAACGAACAUGGGCUCACUCCCGAAGAGUCUGCCUACUUCAAAGUCUAUGUAGAUGAUUAUAUUCCGGUUCACCUUCAUGAAUCCAUGUUCUUACCCGUCUUGAGAUCCCAGGCCAGCAAAGAACAGCUUAAGAAAUGGGGUCCUCUCUCCGAGAAUUAUCAUUAUAUCGGAUGUUAUGCACAAACCGAGCUUGGGCACGGGUCGGCAUUGUCUCGGCUCGAAACUACGGCCACACUUGACAUUGACCGUGAUGAAUGGGUGAUCAACUCCCCCACGCAGUCUUCUGCAAAGUUUUGGAUCGGAUCCCUGGGAAAACUGGCUAACCAUGCCUUGGUUCAGGCUAAACUGAUUAUAAAGGGCAAAGAUUAUGGUGCUCAUCCAUUCUUAGUGCCAAUCCGAUCAUUGAAGGAUCACAGUCUCUUACCUGGUGUAUUCAUAAGGGAUCAGGGCCCUAAACAAGGCGCUAUUUCGAUGGACAAUGGAUAUGCACGUUUCAAUAACGUGCGUAUUCCACGAGAGAAUAUGCUUAUGCGGUUUUCGCAAGUCUCACGAGAUGGCGUCUACUCAAAGCCCAUCCAUCCCAAACUGGCAUACGGAGGUAUGACUGCCGUUCGUGCGACACUGAUUAAUCAUUCAGCUCAUUCCAUGGCCAGAGCUGCAACGAUUGCUACCCGGUACUGUGCUGUUCGCCGUCAGGGUAAUGUAGAUAUCGCAACAGAUCUUGAGACGCAGGUUCUAGACUAUCCAGGAGUCCAAUCCCGUAUUCUGCCUUUGAUUUCGCAUGCAUUUGCUACAAUUUUUUCAGGAUACUGGAUGAAUGAAAUGUACGCCCAGUAUAAUGCUGAUAUUUCAAAAGGAGAUGUCUCCUUAUUGAAAGAUGUCCAUGUUUAUUCUUCUGGUCUGAAGUCAUAUUGCACCAAGCUUGCUGCCGAUGGUAUCGAAGAGGCGCGAAGAUGCCUUGGCGGGCAUGGAUAUUCCUUGUUUUCAGGAAUGAUUGACUUUCAUCGACAGUUUCUUGCAACAGUGACAUAUGAAGGAGAAAACGCACUGUUGACUCAACAAGUGUCCCGUUAUUUGCUCAAGCUUUACAAAGAUACUAUCCGCGACCCAAACAUUCGAUUGUCGGCUCCGUCUAAAUACAUUUUGUCACUUGUGGACUAUUCUACCUUCAAGAAUCAAAAGUGCCAAGCACAAUCCAUCAAAGACUUUUACCAGGUUGAGAUUGUUCUUGCUGCUUUCCAGCACCGCGCCGCGCGUCUGAUCUUUGAGCUCGCAGAGGCUGACAAGGCUGGUGCUACGUGGUCCGAUCUCAACCUUGAGUGUAUGCGCCUCUCCAAGGCCCAUGUUCAAUACAUCAUGAUUGAAAACUUUUACAAUGGCCUGGAAAAGCGAUAUAAUGCAUCUUCAAAUCCUACUUUGCAACAGAAGAACCUACUAGCUGCAGUUCGUUCUGUCUAUCAUCUUCAUGUCUUUUACACUAUUGAGACGGAGUUGAGCGAGUUCUUAGAAGAUGGUUACUUUUCACGCGAUCAUGCCGCGUGGAUUCGUCAAGGCGUCAAGGAUAAUCUGAGAGCCGUACGGCCAAAUGCAGUUGGGUUUGCAGACUGUUUCGGAUUCACUGACACGUUCCUUAAUAGCGCAUUGGGAUCAUGGGAUGGCCGGGCAUACGAGCGCUUGGCGGAGAUGACAGAGCGCGAGCCACUGAACUCGGAGUCGAUGACUGACAAGAAUGGUGUGAUUUGGGGGUACGAAGAGUAUCUCAAACCUCUGAUCUAUGGUCAGGUUGGGGCAUACAAGGGAACAGGCACGUCCAAAUUGUAGACAGAUUGAUUUGUAGCUUAUUUCCUCGAUAUAACAGUUUUUUUUAAAAAGCAAUCAAAGGGGCUCUGCGCAACCUCCUAGGAUAGGAGGGGGUUGCAUGGGGCAGGCAACAGCUCCGCAUGCAAAAAUAGGCAAUAAAGACAAUGCUAUAAUUAAC